AUGGGGUUACGCACUGGUCUCAUCAUAGGGGCGACGUCGUUCUUGUUAGGGACGCUCGCCAUGCAUUGGACUGCCGACCACCUGAUCCUCUGGCAAUCACCGGUGACCUACGAUUCGGUCGUUACCGCAUAUACCUACUACCAGGAUACCAUGGUUGAGAUGCCAUCCAUCUUUAGCAAGCUUUUGCACACCGUCGGCACCCUAGCGGCACUGCUGCUCAUAUCCAAGGCGCUCGGUGGUCGCGAAAGCAAUUGGCUAUUUGAUGGAGCCUCGCUCUUCCUCUUUGGUGCCGCUGGCCUCGUCUAUUACCACAAGAUUGCACCCAGCCUUGCAACACUGCCACCGAAAGCACCCUUGCCCGGAUCUGCCGCUGUUGAUGGCAGGGAUGCUGUCUUUAUUCCACUUCGAGAGAUUGCAAGCUCCCAUACGGUACUCGCUGUUGCUCUUGUCGGUGUCAUCCUGUUGCAGAGCGGUCAAUACUACAGCGAACGACUGGAAGAACGUGAACGCAUCGAAGAAGACGAGGCUCGGAUCCGAAGACGGCAGCGGCGACGCGAGCAGGAGGAAAAGCGCAAGGAGCGACUACAGUCGUCUACUUGCUCCUAG